CUCAAAUAAUUCUAUAGGAAAUUAAAUACAGUCAUUCUAUAUCGCGAGUUUCCACGUAGCUGAAAUGCCGAAAAAUAAUUAACAAUUGCUUAUCAAAUAUUGAUAUGUGAGGGAACAGAUUAAAACGAAAACGUAGCUAAACGAGUGGAAAAAAUAAUGUGAAUACCUAUAGCGAUGUAAGGCAACACGAAGGCCAAACGGGUGAAAGCUUAUCGGGCGAGGGUUUAUUACAUAUGGAAUCUCCUAGCCCCAUUCCAGAAACCAAGACUUUAUUGCAGAACAUAUUGCAACAAGCGCCCGCUCACGUCCCUUGCCACUUGAACAGUUUAUGUAAUGCCAUGGCGUCGUGUGUCAAUGCCACAGGUUCCCUCCCACCAAGUCCUGCUGACAGCGGAGUAUCUGACGUUGACAGUACCAGUGGUCAUCUCAGUAACGAUGACACUAAAUCCAGACUUCAACCUACACCAGGUCCACCCUGUCGUACACCAGAUUCUCCCAGUCCGAAUAGCCAAAGUUAUGGAAUUCCGGCUUAUUGUCAGUUAUCUCUCCACUCCCAAUAUUCCAAUAGGGCGUCUACCACCUGUAAGUCGACUUCAUAUAUAAUUUACAUUUAAAUACAUAAGUGUUAUUGUCUUAGAAUCAACCGCACAAAAAUUAAACUCGAUUUAAAGGAAAAAUUAAAUUAGGAUGUUUCGUUUUAUAUUAAAAACAAUAGAAUUUUUAUUGACACUUAAAACGUACUUAUACGGCACCGAGAAAUAGAAGAUAGUUGCAAAUACUGCCACUGUUUCUAAACGUGACAUCUCUGCAGUGUUUUAAAAGUUGCUGGAAAAUGUUUCGCAAUUAAAGCUUUAGUAUAAAACAAAGAAUCACGUGAGAGAAGAGCGGGCAGACGAACAACGAAUCUUAUCAGUCCCGUCUAAAGUAAAACGUAUCAACAAAAGAGCAGAAACCCGGAUCUCUGAGGCCCCAAUCCACUAUAGGAACGGGGUCGAGAAAGGAAAACGCAAUAGUUUCUGGGUCAUGCGUUACAAAACUUUCGCUGUCCCAGUUUUUUCUAACUCCGACCGGAUAUUUGGCUCCGUUUGAACAAGGUGAAAGAAAAGUAGGAGAGAUUAUCCAUUUCACUUCUAAAGUCGAUUGUUUUGGAUAAAUAAGUUUACGUUUAAAUUUUUGACAUUGUUUUUUAUGGCAGCAUUUUAAAUAGAGCAUUAAUGUUCGAGUUGAAAUAGUCGGGGGACGUCGUUUAGUUUAAUAAAUUAAUUGAGACAAAUCGAGUAUCUUAAAUAAUAUAAAAAUCGAGGCAAACGUUAUCGCCGUCUGUAAACAGAGAAAGCGGACGACGAUCACAUGACAGAGAUAAAACAUGGCGGUGGAUUCACUUCCUCGUCUAAGGUAGGAAGACGGAACUGGUGUGAUUACCCUCCGACAUCGUUCUCCUCCUCCCUCAC